GUCCACUUACUGCAAGAAAGAAAUCUGGUGAUAUAGGCUACUUUCAAACUGCCGCAAGGAUUGAUCAUGGCUUGAAAACUGCUGGGUCCUUUGAUUCUUUAAUCCGUCAUGUCAUGAGGUCUACUCACUGCAGGAAAUCUGGUGGUAUAGACUACUUUCAAUUUGCUUCAAGGAUUGAUCAUGGGCUUGAAAAUGGUUGG